ACUUCUCCUUUAAGGCGACCCGGAAGUGAUGAUCGACAACCCGGAAGUGCAUCCUUCCCAAUGUGUCUCACCUUGGCAGAUAUUGUUAUGUUUUAAUGCUGUCUGCGUCUAGUGGCUUAAAGGCAACAAUAUGUUUCUUACCACCGCAAAUUUGGCCAAGGCGAAAUCAAAAACCAUCUUGGUUCAGAUGAUGAGCGCAGCCGGGACGGGCUACUUCUUCAACACCAAGAGGAACCGCCUCAGAGAGAAGAUGGUGCUGCGCAAACAUGACCCAUUUGUGAACAAGCACGUUUUGUUUUUUGAAAAGAGGAAGAUCAAAUCAAUAUGACAAUGGACCAAAGUACAUGGACAAAUACCGGCUCAGUUUGAACCUUUUUUUUUUUGGCAAGGAUUAUACAAGCCGUUCCAUUCAACGCUUCUGUUUGGCUACUUGAGGCGAUUUCUACUGUGAUCUACAAAAUAAGGCCUCUACUCUGCCCACUGCCCCAGAACGACGUGACACUUGCCGCAUCGUUAUUGUUGUUGCUUCAGUCAACUGUUCCAACUUGUAUUUAAACUGGAUACCUGUUGUGAAACACAAUUUAUUUUAAGGGUAAUAAUUCUAACAGUUUGUUAAUUAUUAAACCGUUCAAACCAUCAA